AUGAUAAUCUGGUCUGGGAUCCAGGAUAUCCUAUCCCAGCUGGAAAUCUACGUCGCGUUGAAAGACAGCCUUCGGGAGAAUGUACCAGCGUUUAACGUCGCAGAUGAAGAUGAACUUAUCACUUGGGCGUACGUGUGGCCGGGAAUUUGUCGCCAGUUCGGCUUAGCGGGCGUCUGCCCCCGCGACGGGGAGCAGCACCAGGCGCAGUCGAUGGAGGAGUUUGUCAAGUUAAACCGCUCUUCAUGGAACCUCGUUUGCGAUGAGCUCUCCCUACGUAAAGAUCCUAUUGAUGUUCAGGGCUGGGCGCACACUCAUAACAUGUUGGUUGAUUAUGAUUUUGAUCGUUGGUACGACAUAUCACGUUCGCGCGCAGGGGGAUUCACCGAGUCAAUUGACACGGCUGAGGCGUAUAAGAUUGCGUUUGAGCGUAUGGCUGCUGCAGGAAUUAUCCCUAGAGAGUACCUUGAAUGA